CUCCGGAGGCUUUGUGCUUGAUGUACUGGAAAAAUGAAGUUCUGUCCCCUCUGUCAGAGGGCAACACUGUUCCCACCACCAAGCAGGUGAUCUCCGCUGAGCGUCAGAGUUCCGCAGGCUGCAGCGUGCAGGACUCCAAGCAAAUGUCGGACGCCGAGUCCCGGCGGUCCCAGGCGACGGAGCGGGAGGACGCGCGCUCGUCCCCCAGCACGCCCUGCACGCCCUGCACGCCCUCGGUGUGCUCGCCCGCCUCCACCGCCAGCUCGGCGCCGUCCGGCGGCAAGAACCUGUGCGCCAGCUGCGGCCUGGAGAUCCUGGAUCGAUACCUGCUCAAGGUGAACAACCUGAUCUGGCACGUGCGCUGCCUGGAGUGUUGCGUGUGCAGGACGUCACUACGUCAGCACAGCAGCUGCUACGUCAAAAACAAAGAGAUCUUCUGCAAAAUGGAUUAUUUCAGUAGGUUUGGUACCAAGUGCGCCCGCUGCGGCCGGCAGAUCUACGCCAGCGACUGGGUGCGGCGCGCCCGCGGCAACGCUUACCACCUGGCGUGCUUCGCCUGUUUCUCCUGCAAGCGCCAGCUGUCCACGGGGGAGGAGUUUGGCCUGGUGGAGGAGAAGGUCCUGUGCAGGAUCCACUACGACACCAUGGUGGACAACCUCAAGCGGGCGGCCGAGAGCGGAAAUGGCCUGACACUAGAGGGUGCUGUCCCCACAGAACAAGACAAUCAGCCCAAACCUGCCAAACGAGCGCGAACUUCCUUUACUGCCGAACAACUUCAGGUGAUGCAGGCCCAGUUCUCGCAGGACAACAAUCCAGACGCUCAGACGCUGCAGAAGCUGGCGGACAUGACGGGUCUGAGCAGGCGAGUCAUUCAGGUGUGGUUCCAGAAUUGCCGAGCGCGACACAAAAAGCACACGCCUCAGCACGCUGGUGCACCUCAGGGUCAUCCUCAAGGUCACCCCCAGGCCAGGAUGACCUCCUCUCUCACAGACGACCUUCACUACUCACCUUAUGGAGGCAGCAGCGAGAGAGCCAGGAUGGUCGCCCUGCACGGUUACAUCGACAGUCAUCCCUUCUCGGUCCUGACGUCCCAGAGUCUCUCCCAUCAGACCAUGGCGCUGCCACAGCUGCCCCUCAGCCGCUAAAACCUUGGCGCGCGUCCUCCCAGCUCCAGCAGGACAAUAUUCACCUGGGCAGGACGUGGAUCCGUC